AUGGGCAACAUCAUCUCCGGCUGGUUUGAGGGCCUCUUCAAGAACAAGAAGGCCAGCAUCGUGAUGGUCGGCCUCGACGCAGCAGGGAAGACAACAAUACUAGAGAAGCUGAAGCUCGGCACCUCGCGCGAGACGGUGCCGACGAUUGGCUUCCACGUCGAGUCGGUGGAUUACCGGAACGUGACGUUUCACCUGUGGGACGUGGGUGGGCAGAAGCGGCUGCGGGCGCUGUGGAAGAUGUACUACGAAGGCGCCAACGCUGUCAUCUUCGUCGUUGACAGCAAUGACCGCGCACGUGUCGGCGAGGUGCGUGACGAGCUACGAACACUCUUGUCCGACCCGCUACUGUCCGGCGCAGCUUUACUGGUGUUAUGCAACAAACAGGACCUGCCGCAGCGGCUGACGCCUGCGGAGCUUGUAGAUGGGCUAGGUUUUCGCGACCUCUCUGACAAGGGCCUGGGACGCUACCUGGCUGGCCACAAGUGGUAUGUGCAAGGAUGCUGCGCGCACACAGGUGAUGGCCUGUACGAAGGACUGGACUGGAUGUGCUCCCAUCUUCCAGACAAUGUUUAA